UUUUUCUCUUUGGAUUAAUCCGUCUCAAACAAAUGCUUCAACAAUUAUACUUGCUUAUCAAAAUAGUUCCAGUUAUAGUAAAUGGUGUUCGGUAUAUUUAGGAUUUACUACGCAAGGUCAAAUUCAAGCACAAAGUCAAUCGAGUAAAGGAUUUAUAAAUGUAUUAGGUCCGUCGAUUUCAACUUAUGUAUGGACACAUAUUGCUCAAACAUUUUCUUCAACUAAUGGUAUUAGUCUUUAUAUCAAUGGAUCAUUAUUCAACAGAUCAGCAUCGACUAAUUAUCGUAGUGGUUCUGCACCGUUAACAAUAAGAUUAGGUAAUUCGUUUACUACAGUUAAUCAAACAUGUUUGAAUACAACCAGUCAAGGAGGUCAAUAUAUGGGUUGGAUGGAUGAAUUUCGCAUUUAUUCAAGAGAAUUAUCAUCUAGUGAUGUACAAACAUUAUCAUCAACAAGAUAA